UCAUAUAUUUGUUGUCGUGAUCCGGCUCUUUCCGGACCCCACGCAUAGCUUUAGUACACCGAGCUGCCCUUUUUACAUUUUCAAAAUAUCUUCAGUUCCAUUUUGGGGUGUGAAUAGAAUCUUUUCUUUUUUUCUUUAUGAUUUGUUUCUAUAACCUUUGGAUGUAUAGAUUCUAUUUGUACAGGUUAAGUCAUCCAUUUUCGGAGACUUGCAGAGUCAAGAAGUCAAAGUCUUUGUAAAAGAGUCAAUUGCAAGAAAAGCUAAUGUGAACAUUUCUUUUUUUCUUCACCUUUUUUUUUCCUAAUAAAUCUGAACCUUCUUAUAUGUUUGGUUGCACAUGUUUCAUCUUAACAAACUUUACAAAUAAACUUCAGCUAGUUUUUGUCUUAUUGCAGUAGGAUUCAAUAUGGCUUUGGCUUCUUUUUCUUUUAUUUGUUUCCUUUUAUCUCUUCUUCUUAUAUUAGUUCAGGCAAAGGGAAGAAAUGAUUCAACUUGUCUAAAGUCCUUUUCAUGUGGAAAUUUUACUAACCUGAGCUUUCCGUUCUCUCUUUCCGCACAACCUGAGUGCGGAAUACUGCGCAUGUCUGGUUGUGAUGAUAAGCCAUUUCCGAAAAUCCGCCUGCUUCCUGGACGAGAUUGGUACUAUGCUUUACAGCAGCAUGAUUCAUCAGUUUGGCUUGGGGACCAGAAACUUAAAACAACUUUGACGCAACACAAGUGUCAGGCGUUUAACAAAAAUUUCUCCCUUCCAAACUCACCUUCUAUCUCUUUCAAUAUGAUUAAUAUUAACAACUUCAUCAAAUGCAGCAGUACCCAGAAGAAGAACGAUCGCUUUGCUGGAUAUAAUAUGUACAAUGGCUGUGAAGGCUUUAGCAUAUACUACAAGCUAACCCGUGAUGAUGAUAAAAACAUAGAAGCACACAAUCUUCCUACCAACUGUUCACUUAUCAAAUUACCAAUUCACGCAAAUGAUGGUGAUUUGUUCAACAGGUUAGGUCCCGAAUUUCUAGUAGAAUGGAAACUGUCCGAUGCCUGUAGCAAAUGUCACCAUGAUGGAGGUCGAUGCCAGACUGAUAAAACCAACAAAUUUUAUUGUAACAUUGUAGGUACAAAAACACCUACAAGUCGUACCGAUCACAGAACAGAAACAAAAAAGAUGAUUCUGGGCACAGUCUUUGGUGGAGUAGGAUCGGUGAUUAUAACUUCUUUAGUUGUCUACUUCAUCUGGCAUUACAAGAAGAGGAAGAUUAGUUCACCCCACUUCCUCUCGACAAGGAGAUUGUCAGAUGUUUUUAAUCACGAUGUUGAGGGAGGCAGUAUAUACUUUGGCGUCCCAGUCUUCUGUUAUUCAGAACUUGAAGAAGCCACGAAUGAGUUCAGUUCCUGUAGAAUACUCGGAGAUGGAGGCUAUGGAACUGUUUACUAUGGAAAACUUAAGGAUGGACGAGAGGUUGCUGUAAAGCGCCUCUACGAGCACAACUGCAAGCGAAUGCAGCAGUUUGUAAAUGAGAUUGAGAUCCUUACCAGGCUAAGGCACAUUAAUCUUGUCACCCUCUAUGGAUGCAAUUCAAGGCGCAGCCGCGAACUACUCCUAGUCUAUGAGUACAUUCCUAAUGGAACUCUUGCUGAUCACCUUCAUGGUGACAGAGCGAAGGAGCGAUCACUCACUUGGCCAAUCCGCAUGAACAUUGCCAUAGAAACUGCUGGUGCAUUGGCUUACUUGCAUGCUUCUGACGUAAUACACUGCGAUGUGAAGACUAAUAACAUACUCCUUGAUCACAACUUUAGUGUUAAAGUUGCAGAUUUUGGGAUUUCAAGGCUCUUCCCAAAUGAUGUCUCUCAUAUUUCAACUACACCCCGGGGUACUGCUGGCUAUAUCGAUCCAAAGUACCACGACUGUUACCAGCUGACUAGUAAAAGUGACGUCUAUAGCUUCGGGGUGGUCCUUAUUGAGCUCAUUUCAUCAAUGCCAGCUGUGGAUAUGAAUAGGCAUAGCCAAGAGAUUAAUUUGUCUAACUUUGCAAUAAACAAGAUCAUAAAUUCUUCAUUUCACGAGUUGAUCGAUCCAUCCCUGGGGUUCGAUUCAGAUGCCAAGAUUUGGGAAAUGUCUACUUCAGUGGCAGAGCUGGCUUUUCUGUGCUUGAAGACAGAUAGGAACAUGAGGCCUAGUAUGGUUGAAGUUCUGGAUACUCUAAAGGAAAUUCAGACGAGUGAAUUUAACACUGAGAAGAGAGCUAAAAUAGUUGCCGCACCUUCUUUCCCUGAAUCAGAAGAGACGUUAUUGCUGAGAAAAGCUAAAUCACUACCUUCACCAAAUUCUCUGACUGGUAAAUGGAUUACUUCCUCCGAUAUAGCUAGUACGAAAUAGUUCUGUACCCCGUCCUUUGUUAUUGAUGUAGAUUUCGAUAGACUACGAAUGUACUACUGUGAGAAGUUUCUUGAGCUAUGUAUAUACAAGUGAAAGUAAUUUAACAUU